GCUUGCACAUUUUCUGUUUAAUGUUCACUGGUUUGUCAAGAUAUUUUUCAAAAUCCAAAUAACUUUGCUAUAUUUAACAUACUCAAAUAUCUUUCAUAUCUGUAUUACUACAUCUACAAAGUAAACUAAUAUUUAAUGUGACGUCUAGUGUACUUCUCUCCAUAUCUAGCCUAGCAUAUCAAAAAUACACUCGUAUACUUCUCUUCAAAUAUACUUUAGCAUGCUUGUAGUAAACUUAGUUAAGCAAACUUGUUAGUGUAUUUGAAUGAACUUCAGCUUGGCAUAUCUGAGCACAAACUGAACUGUUGAGAAGUCUAAUGAAUUUCAAGAGGGGACAUACAGGGAGAGGAGAGGUACUGGUGUUGUGAACAUUGUAAGACGUGAUCGUGGGAUAAAGAGUGUGGAAGUGAGAUUGCAACACAUGUUUGUGUCAGCAGUCAGUUUUUCGAGCUUCUGGUCAGGGAGCUUGAGUAGGUUACCAUGAUCAGACACUGCAUUAAACAGGUUUGCCACAAAAGCCAUUUUGCCAGUGUUUCCUUUUUACAGAAGAAAGUGAAACAGAACAAAAUCACCAAAGCCAAAAAGGCAUAUGUUGAAAGAUUAAUGUAUGUGAGAUUAUUUUAACAAAUUCUGUUAAUGAAAUACAAUUAAUUAAAUUAAUUCUAAAUCCUAAAAAAAUAAUUUAUUUCUAAUUAAAUGAAAAUCAGAAUAGACAAUCAAAAUCUCCAUGAUGUCACUUAUCAAGUUUUUUGCAUUCAGGUCUCAUGAGUGUAAUUAAGAAUGCAGAUCAGUUAUGAAAUUUAAAACAAAAUGUAAAAGUGGUUCAAGCUCAGAAGACAUCUAUAUUACCUCUAUAUUGGAAUUUCCCCAAAACUCCCAAAAGCUAAAAAUGACACUUAAUUUAAUUUAACAUAGUUGACAUUGUAUUUUCGACGAUAGAAAUGAUUGAAAUCACCAUGGAACUUUCCAUCUUUUCUGUACCCAAUAGCUGUCGUCCUUUCGUGACCUUAAUGACUUCUUCUGAACCUUGCACUCCAGAAACGUCUCUUCUUCUUCAUACUGUAAAUACACUUUUACUCUUCCCACAAUCUAGUGUCACUGAGCCUCAAUCCUCAACUCUUCCCCAUCUCUCCUUGUAUAAAACACAUUUAUUUGGGUGCAUGCCUUUGGCAGGGAUGUGCUUUUCCCAGCGUUGGCCAGGAGAGAGAAAGCAAGGGGGCCUUUUCAACCAAGGAGUGACGGAUCUUUUAUUAAAAGAGGCUGGGCCCCUUACACACACUCACACACGCACACACACACAUCCACCCUCCCUAUCCACGUCUGCUCCAUUGUCACCAGGCUUGCUGUUGCUGAAGUGCCUCCCCAAACCCCCUGCUGUGAGCUUUCUCACUGUAACUCCAAGUGCGGAGUGAAAUCGGGCAGAACCCUAGAAAUGUGCACACACCCACUACUUUCUCUUUUUUUUCCCACAGACACUUUCUCUAUGCCAUUCAGUGUAUGUCCUUCGCUUGUCAGAAUGCAUAGAGUAGGUCUGAGUAGAUGUUACAGACAUUAGGGAAUUGGCAACACAGAGAGAAAAAAGUCAGAGAGAGACAGAGAGAGAGACGGAGAGAGAGAGAGAGAGAGUAAGAGAGAGAGCGAGAGAGCGAGAGAGCAAGUGGUUUGCUGAAAAUGUGUUGAUAUACACAGCUUUCUACUAGAGAUAAACCCUUUGGCCCCAUAACAUCCCCCAACCCCACCCACCUCUCACAAGUGCUGCUUAGUCGAGUGCAUGUGUGUGUGUCCUGGGGUGGACCCACAGCCCCGUACCCAGACCCUUGCGCCCAAAUAUUCAGUGCAUCACAGCACAGCCGUGGGACAAGAGAGAAACGAAGAGACAGAACUGGAGAGAGGAAGCAGGUGAAUAGGCAUGCCAAGCAAGAUCAUUUGGGGAACUGAUGCUGCUACCAGUUUCCUACGUGCUGCCCGCUCAGGUAACCUGGAAAAGGCUCUUGACCACAUCAAGAAUGGCGUCGAUAUCAACACAGCCAAUCAGAAUGGACUCAAUGGGUUACAUUUGGCCUCAAAAGAAGGCCAUGUUAAAAUGGUGCUGGAACUACUGCACAACGGAAUUGUACUGGAGACCACAACAAAGAAAGGCAACACUGCCCUCCACAUUGCUGCAUUGGCUGGACAAGAGCAAGUGGUCACAGAGCUGGUUAACUAUGGAGCUAACGUCAAUGCCCAGUCCCAGAAGGGCUUCACUCCACUCUACAUGGCAGCACAAGAGAAUCAUCUAGAGGUCGUGAAGUUCCUCUUGGACAAUGGAGCCAAUCAGAGCAUUCCAACUGAGGACGGCUUUACUCCAUUAGCUGUGGCUCUUCAGCAGGGUCACGAGAAUGUAGUGGCCCUGCUUAUCAAUCAUGGUACCAAGGGAAAGGUUCGCCUCCCUGCGCUGCACAUAGCAGCACGCAACGAUGACACCCGCACUGCCGCUGUUCUUUUGCAGAAUGACCCCAAUCCUGAUGUACUAAGCAAGACAGGCUUCACGCCACUCCAUAUUGCAGCACACUAUGAGAAUGUGAAUAUUGCCCAGCUGCUGAUAAACAGAGGAGCCAACGUGAACUUCACACCCAAGAAUGGGAUUACACCUCUGCACAUUGCAUCCAGGAGGGGGAACGUGGUCAUGGUCAGGCUUCUACUGGACCGUGGAGCAACAAUUGAUGCCAAGACUAAAGAUGAGCUAACUCCGCUUCACUGUGCUGCCAGAAAUGGUCAUGUUAGGAUAAUUGAGAUCCUGCUGGACCAAGGAUCCCCCAUACAAGCCAAGACCAAAAAUGGUCUCUCCCCAAUCCACAUGGCGGCUCAGGGGGACCACAUGGACUGUGUGAAACAGCUUUUGCAGUAUAACGCUGAGAUUGAUGAUAUAACACUAGACCACCUGACACCCCUACAUGUGGCAGCACACUGUGGGCACCACCGCAUGGCCAAAGUGCUGCUGGACAAAGGAGCCAAGCCAAACACCCGUGCACUGAAUGGCUUCACACCUCUCCACAUAGCCUGUAAGAAGAAUCACAUUCGAGUAAUGGACCUACUGCUAAAACACUCAGCAUCCUUGGAAGCUGUGACAGAGUCGGGGCUAACCCCACUUCAUGUGGCCUCCUUCAUGGGUCAUCUGAACAUAGUGAAGAUCCUGCUGCAAAAAGGAGCCUCUCCAAAUGCCUCAAAUGUGAAAGUGGAAACGCCCCUGCAUAUGGCAUCCCGAGCAGGUCACUGUGAAGUUGCAGAGUUUCUGCUGCAAAAUGCAGCUCCAGUGGAUGCCAAAGCCAAGGAUGACCAGACCCCAUUGCACUGCGCUGCCCGCAUGGGCCACAAAGAACUAGUGAAGCUCCUGCUGGAGCACAAGGCCAAUCCAAAUUCUACCACUAUGGCUGGACACACUCCACUGCACAUCGCCGCCAGGGAGGGGCACACACAGACUGCCCGGAUCCUCCUUGACAUGAAUGCCCAGCAGACCAAGAUGACGAAAAAAGGCUUUACUCCUCUCCAUAUGGCAGCAAAAUAUGGAAAGGUGGAUGUGGCAGAGUUGCUUCUGGAGAGAGGAGCAAACCCAAACGCUGCAGGCAAGAAUGGGCUCACGCCACUGCAUGUAGCUGUCCAUCACAACAACCUGGACGUGGUAAACUUACUGGUUAGCAAGGGCGGCUCUCCACACAGUGCAGCGAGAAAUGGCUACACUCCUCUCCACAUUGCCUCCAAGCAGAACCAGUUGGAGGUGGCCAAUAGUCUGCUGCAGCAUGGAGCCUCUGCCAAUGCUGAAUCCUUACAGGGAAUCACACCACUGCACUUGGCUUCCCAGGAGGGUCAAGCAGACAUGGUGUCACUGCUCAUUUCCAAGCAGGCCAAUGUCAACCUGGGCAACAAGAGUGGCCUGACACCACUUCACCUUGUUGCCCAAGAGGGUCAUGUGGGCAUUGCUGACAUCCUGGUGAAACAGGGGGCAUCAGUGUAUGCUGCCACACGGAUGGGCUACACUCCACUUCAUGUGGCUUGUCAUUAUGGCAACAUUAAAAUGGUUAAGUUCCUCUUGCAGCAGCAGGCAAAUGUCAACAGCAAGACAAGGGCGGGAUACACACCCCUUCAUCAGGCUGCCCAACAGGGCCACACUGACAUUGUAACCUUGCUUCUGAAACAUGGUGCACAACCAAAUGAAAUUACUACCAAUGGCACUUCUGCACUGGCCAUUGCAAAACGUCUCGGCUAUAUUUCUGUCAUUGAUGUCCUCAAACUGAUUACUGAAGAAACAGUGACCAUGUCGACCACUGAAAAACAUCGAAUGAGUUUUCCUGAGACAGUUGACGAGAUCCUGGAUGUGUCUGAGGAUGAAGGAGUUGCACAGCUAACGCUAGGCGAGGAGCUACUGGGAACAGAGAUUGCCAGGUAUUUGAAGAUGGACGGCAUGAGGGACCAUGAUGACGAUUUCCUUUCCUCCAAGACAGUCACAGAAAACUACUCACCUGCUGUUCCUAGGAUCCCCUGUGUCUCUCCUGAAACCAUCAUGCUGAAAGAACAUGAAAUGGAGCAGCAGCACACUCCUAUCCCAAUGCCCAAAGAGUACGAUGAUGACUCUCUGAUUCCCAGCAGUCCAGCCACAGAGACUUCAGAUAAUGUCAGUCCAGUGGCCAGCCCUAUCCACACUGGCUUCUUGGUUAGUUUCAUGGUGGAUGCACGAGGUGGCUCAAUGAGAGGAAGCAGACACAAUGGUUUGCGCGUUAUCAUACCACCACGAACAUGUGCAGCACCAACACGCAUCACCUGCCGCCUGGUGAAGCCCCAAAAGCUCUCCACUCCACCUCCUCUGGUGGAGGGUGAAGGUUUAGCUAGCCGAAUCAUCUCACUGGGUCCAGCUGGCAUGCAGUUUUUGGGACCGGUGAUUGUGGAGAUCCCUCAUUUUGCAGCACUUGGUCGGGGAGACAGGGAACUGGUGGUCUUAAGGAGUGAGAAUGGCUCCGUCUGGAAGGAGCAUCGGAACCGUUAUGGUGAUGAAGUGUUGGAAACUAUCCUCAAUGGCAUGGAUGAAGAUUUAGAAAGUCAGGAGGAGCUUGGGAAGAAGCGUAUCAGGCGCAUCAUCUCCACUGACUUCCCUCUCUACUUUGCUGUGGUCUCCCGCAUCCAACAGGAGAGUGACUUGAUUGGCCCUGAGGGGGGGCGUCUGACCAGCAAAAUUCUGCCAUUGGUUCAGGCCAGUUUCCCUGAGACGUCCGUCACCAAGCGGGUUCGCCUUGGACUGCAGGCCCAGCCGGUCCCUGAUGAGCUGGUGGCCAAGCUGCUGGGGAACCAGGCCACCUUCAGCCCUGUGGUGACAGUGGAGCCGAGGCGCCGUAAGUUCCAUCGGCCCAUUGGCCUGCGCAUCCCGCUGCCUCCAUCCUGGAGGGAGAGUCCACGAGAUUCUGGCGAGGGUGACACUACCAGCCUCCGCCUGCUCUGCAGUGUCAUUGGUGGCACCGACCCAGCACAGUGGGAGGAUAUCACUGGCACAACCAAGCUUAUAUAUGCUAAUGACUGUGCCAAUUUCACCACCAAUGUGUCUGCACGUUUUUGGUUAGCAGACUGUCCUCGGACUGCAGAAGCAGUUGCCUUUGCCAACCUGCUGUACCGUGAGCUGUCAGCAGUGCCAUACAUGGCUAAAUUUGUGGUGUUUGCGAAGAUGAAUGAGGCGCGAGAAGGUCGAUUGCGCUGCUACUGCAUGACUGAUGACAAGAUGGACAAGACCCUAGAGCAGCAUGAGAACUUCACUGAAGUGGCCCGCAGCAGAGACAUAGAGGUAAUGGAGGGCAUGCCAUUACACUUGGAGUGCUCAGGGAACUUGAUCCCCAUGAGGAAGGCUACUCAACAGCCCCGUUGCUUCAGCUUCCAAGCCUUCAGAGACAACAGACUUCCUGUCUCUGUGAAGGUAAGAGACAGUAGUAAGGACCCCUCUGGCUUCUUGUCCUUCCUACGCAAGUCUACCAAGUAUGAGGACAGUCAGCAAGUACUCUGCAACCUCAAUAUUACCAUGCCACCAUGCAUAAAGAUUGGAGGGGGUGAGGACCGAAGGAGGACACUCACCCCUUUGGCCCUUAGAGAGAGAUACAGUGCUCUCAAUGAACCAGCUGUAGCAUCAAUGAGCGCCAUGGAAAGGACAGAGUUAAAGAUGGCUUUAAUAGCUGAACAGCUGGGACUGAGCUGGGCUGAGCUGGCCCGAGAACUCCAAUUCAAUGUGGAUGAAAUUAAUAGGAUUCGCGUGGAGAACCCCAAUUCACUCCUGGAACAGAGUUCAACACUGCUCAAUUUGUGGAUUAGCCGUGAAGGCAAGAGAGCCAAAAUGGAGAACCUGUUCAUGGCACUGAAGAGCAUUGACCGAAUGGACAUUGUGAACAUGCUGGAAGGUCAACAGGGUAACCAUGAACAAGAAAGGCGCAGACACAAUGACCGAGACCACCUCUCUCUUGGCAUAUCAAAUGGUUAUGGACUGGUGGCUCAGGACGUGUUGGCCUCGCCAGCCUCCGUACAGCACAGCCUGGCCUCACCAAUGGGGCUCGAGCCCUACUGGCAGGAAGUGUCUAGCAUGGAAGGUGCUCCCAUAGCCACCACUGAAGAAGAUACACUUAUGGAGAUGUCCGAGGUGCAGGUGUGGCCAUCAGGCAAAAGCCCAUGUUUGGUGGCUGUGGAGGACUCUUCGCUUGAGUGUAGCAACGCUGAGGACUCAGAGGGGCUGUCCUAUGGGAGCUUGGGCAGACCAGGCAGUGCCACACCAGGUACAGGACGUGGCCCCAUUGGGCUGAGUGGGUCUGUUGAGCUGCUGGAGGACCAGUCCAUUGGGGCAGACUCGGAACACAGUGCCGCCACGCCUGGAACAGGGGUCAACAUCAAUGGGCUGGAUGGAGGUCAAGGGUUGGAGAUGGAUGAGAAGGUUGCAGUGGAGGUUGCGGUUGGUGCAGGCAGGAAUGUUUCAGAAAGAGACAUUGGAGGUUUGGGAGUAAGAGAUGACACAGGCUUAGUGGAAGGCUUGUCUGUCAUUUCAGGACAGCAGAGGGUUUACGCUCGAAUGUGUGAGUCUCCUGGGCUUAGCCGAGUGGCUGAUCACAACGGUGACAGGUCAAGUGGUAGUUCUUUCCUGUCCUACCUCCAAGAUCAGACUGGCCCUGGAUGGCAUCCCAUCCCAGAUCCCACUCAGAACUGGGCAGGAACCUCACAGCCGGCCAAUUUCAGACAGGCCAAGGAGUCCAUGAUGUCGUCAGUGAGGGCAGCAGUGGAUGGAGAUUUAAGCCAGUCCCACCUCUCCCAGGAAGCUUUGCUCCAACCGGUACGAGACAUGGGGCACUCAGAGAUCCUACGCGGGCAUUUUUGGGGAACCCAGCCUUUUGAGAAGGGCCUAGGCUUCCCCCACAGAGUACCUGACCUUCGAGGAUGGGAAGAUAUGCGCCUCAGAGGACAAGGUGAUGAAGCUGUGGAUCUUCCUGGAGAGCAAGUGAGUGAGGAGCAGUUUACAGAUGAGCAUGGCAACAUCGUCACCAAAAAGGUCGUGAGGAAGGUGGUUCGGAGAGGAAAAGGUGAGGGUGAGGGUCAGGAGUUCAUUAUAGAUGGGCAACAGGAAGCCGAUGAGUUGGAUGCUGAUGCAGAGCAGUUCAUGGGCUACGCUGUCCUUGGCCGGGAAAGCAAGCCGGAUGUUGUGGAUGUGAAGAAGGGAGGGGCUCAGAUAGUGAAAUGUGCCACUUUGCGGAGAGUAAAGCAGUGAGCGGCGCUCGUUCGGCCGUCCAGGACUUGUCUCCCGCACCCAAACCUUCUCUCAUAGACACAUGAUGAGCAUCGAGAACUGCAAGAAAGUGGAAUACCAGGCAAAGGACAUCAGUGCCAAUAGAUGGCUUUUAGGCUUCUUUUUAAAGCAAACCUACAAUGAGAACUAGGCUAAAAGCAUGAUUUCAUAUAAAAAUGAAAAUGAAACCUAGAAGAAAAAAAAAAACUUUCAAAAAAAAAAAAAAAAAAAGCAUCCAAAAAGUGCUUCCUGUAAUCCCUGUAUCAGCAUGCGAGAGUGCUGUCGCAUGGCCUGCCUUUACAUACACCACAGAAAGCAAUGAAUUAUGGGGCUCCUGGUGAUAUAAGGGUCAUUAAAUGAGGGAAGAGUUUGUGGAUAUGGGGUAUAACUGAACACAGAGCUCAGUCCCGAAUACUGUAUUUCAGAAAAGUUGUGGUUAAUAACAUAUAUGCAAAAGCCAACACACACACGUGUAGUCAAAUGACGCAACGGUUCCCCCUCCAACUCUCCCAAAUUUUGAGUCUUCCAAUAUAUUAUUUGUUAUCGUUUAAUCUAAAACUUCGAAAUAUGAUCUCAUGACACACCAGUUUUUCUUCCAACACUGGUUCUGUGCAUAAUGCUGUAUAUGCACUGAAAUAUUACAUGUGUGUGUGUUAUGUCUGUAUGUGUGGUUUAUGUUACAGCCCAAAACAGGAAGAGAAAAAAACCUAAUGUAUGCAAUGAUACUGCUGCUGAUAUACUUCUUUGUCUGUGCUUUUAUUUAGUCGAUACAACAGCAUUUAUAAUGUCAGUGUCAAAACAUCAGUGUUACACCUAACAGGUUUUGUUUUUUUCCUGUAAUGCAGGCCUGGUUUCUUUUCUUCGUUUUUUGUUUUGUUUUGUUUUACCAUUGUUAUCUCUCCACUCAUGGAAAAACUGUAGGGCUUUUGGCCUUCAAUAGAUAUUUAUUUUUGGACACAAUAUUGCUUCUUAUAACUGUCAUCAUAAAUUGUUUUUCUAGGAAAUUUAUGACUUAAGACUUACUGAAGCACUAUUAAUUGCUCAUGGUAUAGUGAAUGUGACUGAAUGCCAGCCAUUAACCAUUGAGCGAGCGUGCGCAUACACACACACACACACACACACACCUGCCUGACUUUUAAACUUGUGUUAAGUGCAAAUGUAGCAACCAAGUCUUCCAUUUCAAAUGAUAUCAGUAGCUCAGGUUUAGUUGUGCUGUAAAAGAUGCUGUGGCCUAUUACACGGGAUGACAGAAUGAACGAAAAGCUUUUAGACAGGAGGCUGGAGUUAGUUUCUGCUUUCCUUACUCAUCUUUCAAUAUUUAUUAUUUAAAGUGGCAUACAAAAAUUUUGAUAUUUUAAAACUCUUCAGAGACUCUAUCACCUCAAAUCUGAAGCGUGGGAAUAUUUCACCAGAAUGAACACCAGAAUGUAAGAAUUAUAGUGUUGGUCUGACAAGAGAGAGUCAUUACAUGCAAUCAUGCACAAUCUAGUCUGGAAACAAGAUCCCACAUAAAUACCGCAAUAAGCAGCACUAUGAAAGCAAUAGAUAUCAGUUUGCAGGUGUACUUUUUUAUAUACAUAUUUUUACAUCUUUUUUCUUUAGUUCUUAUUACUUGUGCAUGAAUGGACAUUGUUUCAAGAGAGUACAUCGUCAGUAGAUUAAGGAGUGGAAUUGCCUGAGAUUCCUUGGCUGGUGUGAAAAGCUUUAAUUUUGACAAGAAUGGAAACUGACUUUAGUAUGAAGUGCUCUGGUGUCACGGUUUCCGCAAUUAUGUGUCGUGCAUAUGUCAUGCACAUAAUUUAUUUUGCUAUUUUUAAGACAAAAUUCUAAAAGUUGUGUUGCCAAAUUGAAUUUAGAGAAAGACAAUUGACAUUAAAGACCCAUUUACUUUACUGACACUUGGAAAGCAAUAGACACAUGACAAAAUGGCCAGUUUUCUUCUGUAAUGUGUUUUCUAGCUUUUGCCUUUGUUUUGCCGCAUAGCUUGACCAGCCAUUAUUAAGGACGAUGAAUUUAGAGGCUGAUGUGUGAAUUUGCUACAGAAUACCGGCAGAUUUUGUGUAAUCGUUUUUAGAGCUCAACAAAGACUCUUUGAAACACUGUGAUUAGACUGUAGCACUGUCCAAGCAACUUUCCCGAGUACGCACAUACACACAUACACAUGUUACUGUUCAUUUCAGUUAAUACUGAAACCUUCUAACUGUAUGUUUCAAGCCUAGAAUAUAUCAUGAGGUUAUUUGUUUAAAGCAGAUACGCCUAAAUUUGUGGCUACCUUUUUUUUUUUUCUAACUUUCUCCACAGUUACGUAGUCACUGGCUGUACUUUUAAGGCAUUACUUAAUUUACUUAAUACUUAACAGACAUUAUGGAUUUGUAGAGUUAUUCUUCCAUCUGUUUGCAUAUGCCAUCAUGUUAAAAUUUACUGUGCCCUUCUAAAAAAGACAAAAUGUAGCUAUACACUUGCCUUGCUGUUGAAACUCACUGAAAAUUUUCAGUAAUUUCGACAAUAAUGCCAGGAUCUUAUGAUGUAAAUAAAACAUUGUUUAACCAUUUUCAAGCCCCUAGAUACAGAUGCAGUUUAGGUCUUAAACCCAAUCCUCAAAGUUUCUCAGCCACCUGUAUUUCUAUUUUUGCCUUAAUUCCAGUCAUUAAUCAUCAUCAGCCAGGUAACACAAGUGAGCUAAAUCAGAGACAAUGUACACGUGAAUGAAUCUAAUACAUGGAACCAUAUGGACUGAGAGAAUUAUGCUAAAGAACACUCGUCUAAACCAAAGAUCCAUAAAUUGGAUCAAGCUCAUAAAAUGAAAUGUAUCUCCAAAAGUAACUCACCACAAAACCAAGAUAAUCAUUACUCAUUACACACAAUAAAAUGAAGUGUGUAAACAGUGUAGGGAGCUGUUAGAGAGAAACGUUGUAUAAACAUAUCUGAAAUUAGUCAGUCUUCUGAAUUUUAUGCAAAACAAUCCAGUAUUGUGUGGUAAUGUAGCAUCACCCAGAAACAGAAAUGAUGUCAGAAUAUGUUGAUUUUCAUUUGUUUUUAGCAUCACACCUUAAAUCAUGGAGCAUAUAUUAACAUAUUUCUUUUUGUUAAAUGACAUUGUGAGACUGUGAGCUUAUAUGUUUGUGUGAUUGUGUAACAGUUUGAUUCACAGCAUUUUAGUACUAUGUAAUCCCAAAAUAGUUUUGGGAUCAGAAACACUUUAUAGAAAACAGACAUGAUAUCAAGAUGCAGUACAGUAAAGUGUUACUAAACCAAAAUACACCAAAGUUUCCUAUUAAAUAUUAAAAAAAAAACACAAAAUGUAUACUAUUUACGUAACUUACUACUAACAGCUAUGCCAAAAGAAAUACUGUUGAAUGAUAUUCGUACAAAUAUCAGCCUAAUACAAAUUUAGCAGCACAGUUUAUUUGAUUUAUUUUACAUUAGAAAACCCAAGACAGUACCAGAAAAUGCAAAAAGAAUUUUUUUUUUAAUUUAAAAAAAAAAAAAAGCAGAUAUGUUGCAGGAAUGAUUCCUUAAAACAGUUGUGAAAGGCAGAGUAAUCCAUAUACGAGCUUAUAAUGAGAUCUGAAAUGUGUAUAUUUACUACAUCCACAUAUUUUCCAAAGCAUUUCAUUGAGUUUAGUUGCAAAAGAUAAAUUCCAAAAUGUUAGAGAAACAGUCGAAACGGUGCUCAGAAUACAUCAUUCUUGUUAAAUCAUUGUUACGAUCACAUAAAAGCAAGGCACAUUCACUCUAUUUAUUUUUUUAAAUGUUUUAUUUUCUUUUUAGUUUUAGUUUAAAAGCUGAAUUGAUGUCUCAGAUGAAAAGGCCAUGAACCAGCAAUGUGCAAAAAUAUGAGCCACUUUUGAGAUUAUUCACAUUGUCAUUUUGUAAUGUGGUACCAUGGUAUUUAUUCUCAUUGUAUCGGCCUGUGGGCCUCUGUAGAGGAUAAGAUGCAGUUUGAAGGGCAGUUUGGUAGUAUUGUUCAACUGUUUUGAUUAGGAGCUAAAGAAUUAUACAUCACCAGAAGCAACUCUCACUGGAGCUUGCUUUUGUUUUCUUGAUGGAGGUUAGUGGAACGGAGACCUGGGGUUUGAAACUACUUGAUAUGGCAGUGUAAGAUUUGAAAUAUUUAUUCCUUGUGUUCACACAAGACUUCUCCUCAAGUUAAUUUCUCUGUAAUUUAAAAAAGGAAAAGAAAAAAAAAAACAGAGUCGCAUGUGGAAAAGUAGGACUUUUAGGAAAGUCCACUCCAGUGUAAGAGAGGGGGAAUCCAAAUAAACUACACAGUCGGUUGAUGUCAUUGCAGUGAUUAAAACCAAUUAAAUACAAAAAUGUAAACUGUUGCAAAAAAAAAAAAAAACUAGAAACACUUAUAAUCUUAACUUCUAGAGAACGGAUUAAAAUUAGUCAUUCAAUAGCCUAUUAACCUUGAAAGGAAUGCGAACUGCACACAUGCACAGAAAAUGUUUUUGAUAUAUACAAAGAAAUAUAUAUAUAUAUAAUAUAUAUCCAUAUAUAUAUAUUUAAUUAGAAUGCUUUGCAAUUGCUAAUGGGGAUUUAUAACCUACUAUUGGGGAUUACAGUUCUAUUAUGGAUGCACUUAUAGCAACUGAGACUUCAGACGUAUGCCUGCAAC